CUGACGUUUUUUUUUUUCAUCGCAGUGAAGGAAAUUAAAGGAUAUCCUAGCACGAAAAUUUUUAUUGACGUCAGACUAAUUGUAAAAUCUCCAGCACCAAUUACACCAGAAAUAUACGCAUUCGUAAUUUUUCAAAUGAAAUGACGUGUAUUAAAGAUAACAGGUGUAAUUAAAAAAAAUUAAAGCGGUUUUACAAAUUUUAAUCAAAACAAUGGGUUGCCCGUCGUUUUCUGACUUGGGAAAAUGUGCGAAGGACGUUUUCAAAAAUGGAUUUAAUUAUGGUGGGGCAAAUUGUAGCAUUACUGCUAAAGCCCGCAAAGAUUUUGAAUUGGGCGGAAAUUUGAAUUAUAAUUUUGACCAUAGCAAGAUGACUGGUUUAGCAAGUUCACGGUUUAAUCUCGCGCAUCUUGGAAAAAUGAUUGCAAAGUAUUCAAACGACGGUUCUAUGAGUUUGCAAUAUUUUUUUGAUGAAAGUCUAGUCAAAGAUGUCGACCUAAAUACUGUUUUCUCGUUUAAUUCGGAAACGACGAUAAAAAGUUUAGAACUUAACGCCCGCUAUGGCAAAGAUGAACUGAACACAUUUUGUUCAUUAUCUAACAGCUUCGAAUCGAGCUUCAGUGGAGUUGCUGAUUUCGUUUAUAAAUACAAGGAUGUAUUUUUUGGAUACCAAACUGGAUAUGAUUCGAGUAGAAAUCUGUUUACACACAAUAAUCUCGGCGUAUCUUUCAAUGUGAAGGACAUAGGAUAUCAUUUUAGGUGUACAUCGAUACCUAAUGAAUAUGGACUCUCAGUUCAUCGAAAAAUUAACAAUCACUUGGAUGUGGCGAUAAAUGGGAUUUUUGCAAAAAGAGGUAGCUCCCAAAUGUGGACUUUGGGCAUUGGAGCAAAAUAUCUUUUAAGUGAGGGUUCAACAUUUCGAUUCAAGAUUGACAAGGAUAUGCAAAUAGGCUUUAGCCUACAACAGAGGCUUCAUGAUUCUUUGAAUUUGACUCUGUCAUUCAAUAUUGACUGUCCAAACGUACAAAGUGGCGGCCACAAGGCUGGGUUGAGUCUUGAACUGGAAGCUUGAAUUCAAUUUCCGCAACUGGAAUUACGGUUUGCUUCUACACGAUACCUUGUCAUAAGCUACAUAUUUUUUGAAGAAUAUACACUUUACAAACCACUAA